CUCCUCCAUAGCAGCAGUGACGCUUAGCUGAGAGAAUGGGAGCUGAUAGAGAACUCCACGUUCUUAGUACACUACUGCUGCUGCUGGUACAACCACUAGUAGUCUUCUCAUCAACUCCUCCAUUUGCAUGUGAUCCUAUAAACCCAUCGACCCCAUACUACGCGUUCUGUAAGACGACACUGCCGAUUGAUAAGAGAGUGAGUGAUCUCGUUUCACGCUUGAACCUGGAGGAGAAGAUACCACAGCUGGGUGAUGUAGCUCCUGCAAUCCCUCGGCUGGGCGUGCCGAGCUACAAGUGGUGGUCGGAGGCAUUGCAUGGUCUGUCACUCUGGGGACGAGGUAUCCACUUCAACGGCACCAUUCGGUCCGCUACAAGCUUUCCCCAAGUCAUACUUACCGCAGCUUCCUUCAACCCCCGGCUAUGGUAUCGCAUCGGACAGGCUAUUGGGAUGGAGGCUCGAGCAAUCUACAACAUGGGACAGGCGGAAGGACUAACAUUCUGGUCGCCGAACGUCAAUAUAUUCAGAGACCCAAGGUGGGGCAGAGGCCAAGAGACUCCCGGCGAGGAUCCCAUGACAGCGAGCAAAUAUGCUGUCUACUUCGUGAGAGGACUACAGGGUGAUUCCUUCAGAGGGAGAAGGUCCGGGCAGCUGAAGGCUUCGGCUUGCUGCAAACAUUACACAGCCUAUGACAUGGAUAAUUGGAAGGGGAACAGUCGCUACACUUUCGAUGCUCGGGUAACAGCUCAGGACAUGGAAGAUACUUAUCAGCCUCCUUUCAGAAGCUGCAUCAAACAAGGUCGGGCCACUUGUGUCAUGUGCUCAUACAAUCGCGUCAAUGGAGUACCCACCUGUGCUGAUUACAAUCUAUUGUCGAAGACAGCCAGAGGCUUGUGGGGCUUUAAUGGAUACAUUGCUUCAGACUGUGACGCGGUUGCUCUCAUUUAUGGUGCUGAUGGCUAUGCCAAAUCAGCUGAAGAUUCAGUUGCUGAUGUUCUCAAAGCUGGAAUGGAUCUAAAUUGUGGUGACUAUGUGCAGAAGUAUGCUGGAUCAGCUGUCAAAGAGGGGAAACUAUCUGAAAGUGAGAUAAACAGAGCACUGCACAACCUCUUCUCCUUGAGAAUGAGACUUGGACUUUUCAAUGGAAGUCCAAAACAACAAGCUUCGGGAGCCAUCUUUGCGAACCAAAUCUGCUCGAAAGAGCACCAAGACUUGGCUCUCGAAGCAGCCCAAGACGGCAUCGUUCUCUUAAAGAACACAGCCAAUUUGCUUCCCCUGGCAAGAUCAAGGGUUACAUCUCUUGGUGUCAUUGGCCCAAACGCUAACGUCGGGUACAAACUUCUUGGUAAUUAUGGAGGGCCUCCUUGCAAAGGUAUCACUCCACUUGGGGCAUUGCAGACCUAUGUCGGCAGUACUCGGUACGUCGCAGGGUGCGACAGCGCUGCUUGCACUUCUAGUUCGAUUAAUGAUGCUGUGCAAUUGGCGAAGUCAGUGGACUAUGUGAUCAUGUUCAUGGGGUUGGAUCAAGAUCAGGAGAGAGAGGACCUCGAUAGAGUGGAUUUAGUUCUCCCAGGAAUGCAGCAAGCUCUCAUAUCCAAUGUUGCAGGAGCAGCAAAAAGGCCCAUCAUCCUGGUGCUGCUAUCCGGUGGUCCGGUGGACAUUACGUUCGCAAAGCUCGACGGCAGAAUCGGAGGUAUCUUGUGGGCUGGUUACCCUGGUGAAGCAGGUGGAUUAGCGAUCGCACGAAUCAUCUUCGGAGAGCACAAUCCAGGGGGAAGAUUGCCUGUUACUUGGUAUCCGCAAGAGUUCACAAGGGUGCCAAUGAUUGACAUGAGGAUGAGGGCCGACCCUGCCUCGGGCUAUCCAGGACGCACCUACAGAUUCUACACCGGCAAGCCUGUUUAUAGAUUUGGCCACGGCCUCAGCUACACCACGUACUCGUAUGAAUUCGAAGCUGAAGCUGUAACUUCGAUCUACCUGAACAACUCACAACCUCUCCAGGCUACGGCAAACUCAGACAUUCCCAGUUAUAACAUAGAAAGCAUAGGCUCCGACGCAUGCGGAAAGCUAAAACUCUCUGCUGCAGUCAGUGUCAAGAAUCAUGGUCCUAUUGCUGGAAAGCAUCCGGUGUUACUCUUCUCUCGCUGGCCAUCUCUGCAACAUGGCCGGGCAGUGAAGCAGCUGAUAGGUUUCAAGAGCGUACACCUGGAGGCUGGAGAGAGUACCAAAGUGGUGUUUUCUUUGUGGCCCUGUCAGCAGCUCAGCCGAGCCAUGGGCGAUGGCACAAGGGUGUUGGACAGAGGAUCUCACUUCCUAGUUGUCGGAGAAAAAGAGCAUGAAAUCAACAUCGUCUUCUAAUCUCCACAGGGCAAUUCGAAGGUUAACUUAUAUUCAUUUGAUUGAAACUGCAGAAUGAAUUGUCAUAUGUAAUGCAUCCUUUAAAAUGUUUAAUGAAUCUACUUAA